AUGACUAGUCACUCAACACUCGCUACUGAAGUAAUGCUCUAGUCAGUGUAUACUGGACUGAGUAUGACAAGUAUCGGACGUUGAAUGCGUAUUCAGAUAUAAUAUUUCGUAUUUUUGAGUACGAAUAAUAGGAAAAUUUUGGGGUUUUACGAAUCGCACUCCAACAUUUCUAAUCGAUGUGUUUGACUUGUGAUCAGGAUUGCGCGUAAAGGUUAGGAACCAUGCAGUUUUACAAGGAAAAGCUCCUGUCGCCGGGACAGUUAAAACGGCUCAGUGAACAUAAGUACAGCUGCACAAGUGUUAGUUUUAUGGAUGCAAUUCUUCAGCCUUGGUGGGACUGGCUUGUGGGAAAAGUUCCAGUUUGGCUGGCCCCUAAUCUUAUCACCAUCAUCGGUCUCAUGGUGAACAUAGUCACAACCCUGGUCCUCGUUUACUACAGUCCCGAUGCCAAGGGAGAGGCACCAAGAUGGGCAUGUUUUCUAUGCGCAGUUGGUCUCUUCGUUUAUCAAACUUUGGAUGCCAUCGAUGGCAAACAAGCCAGAAGAACGGGAACUUCCACCCCACUGGGGGAACUUUUUGAUCACGGAUGUGACUCCAUUUCCACAGUUUUCGUAGCCCUCUCGGCGUGCAUAGCUGUACAAUUGGGCUACUAUCCAACAUGGAUGUUUUUCCAAUGUUUCUGCGCAAUGACGCUUUUCUACUGUGCUCACUGGCAGACUUACGUUUCAGGCUCCUUAAAAUUUGGAAAAGUAGAUGUCACGGAAGCUCAAUUCACGAUAAUAACCAUUCAUCUCAUCUCGGCGAUAUUUGGACCGAAAAUUUGGAUGAUGGAGAUACCAUUUAUAGAUGGUUUUGAAUUUAAGUAUUUGAUAGGAGCGAUGACAGUGGUUUGUGCGUUGACAAACUUAUACACAAUCUUCUCGGUGAUUUUCACCGGAGGAGUAGGCAAGAACGGUUCUACCGUGGCUAUCCCUUUUCCUGGGCUGAUUUGUACGCUGAGUAAUUUCGCAUCCGUCUUUUGUAUGGCCGGCUUCCUCCACGUGUUCAUUCAGUUCUGUAAAGUCUUUGAGUCCGGUGGGGUUGGAAAGAACGGUUCUACCAUUGCAUUGCCAUACACUGGCACUGAGGUCAAGGUCUUUCCAUUAUGGGGCGCAGUGGGCGUCGCAGUUUUGCUCGCACAGAGCAGUAUGUCCGUCAUUCUUGCCGGUGGUGUCGGAAAAAAUGGCUCCACCGUCGCAGGUACUUCAGUCUUAUCACCAAUAAUCCCGUUCAGUUUUGUCGUCGUGCCGGCUUUUAUAAUAUACAGAAAAAGUACAGAGCACGUUUAUGAAAAUCAUCCGGCGCUCUAUAUUCUUGCGUUUGGAAUGGUCGCUGCUAAAGUUACUAAUCGUCUAGUGGUCGCGCAUAUGACGAAAAACGAGAUGCAAUAUUUAGAUAGUUCGCUGAUUGGACCAGCGAUGCUGUUCCUUAAUCAAUACUUUAACUUUUUUAUUAAAGAGUACUACGUUCUAUGGAUGUGUUUUAUAUGGGUUACCCUCGACUUGCUGCGAUACUGUGCUCAAGUUUGCAUGGAAAUCUGCGCCCAUCUCAAUAUUCAGCUCUUUAGGAUACCUGUGAUAGAUCAGCGCAUAGGUCCUCAACUCUUGGAAAAAAACGGUACUAACAGGUCACUACGUCCUAGGUUACCUAAGAAGUAUCAUUAGUAAAUCCGUCUGUGAUAAUGAAUGCGCUAUGCAGUUUCUACGGCGAUUUCCCUCUCACAUUGUACAUACACGAGAUUCUUAAAGGAGCUGUUGUUCAUUCGUUAUCACGCCAAGCUCACUUCUCUUUAAGUAGAAUUGAAGUCGAAGGAAAACGUCCUAAUCAUUUCGAAUCGCAGUAUAUUGCUUAGAAAUCAUAUUGUUUCUUCCUAUCCUGAUAUGAGACACGUAAAUAUCUGUUUCUUAGAAAAUGGACAUCACUUUUCAAUUAUGAAAAAUAUUUAAAUUAUGGGAUUUUCAAACUUGUUAAACACAAUUUUCUUUCAAAGAACUGUCGUAUAGGACAAAUGAUUGGAAACUUUUUUUGAUGAAUUUAAAAUUUCUAUUUUGUGAGGAAUGUGAAGUAUCUGAAUAUUUUUACUUUUGUUUUAAAUGCCCUAAGCUUACAUUAUUUUCUUUUGAAAGAAGAAAUGUUUAGCGUAAUUCGAAAGUCAUUUCGUAUAUAAUUUAUUAUUUAAAUAUAAUAGUCUUCUACACUCUCAGAAAUUUCCUAUAAACAAUGAAGGAAAAUUUUAACGGUUGAAGUGCCAUCGUUUGAGAAUUAAGUUUGAAAACAGAUCCUUUAACGGUUAAAGUGCGAGUCGUUUAACCAAGAAUCGUUUCAACGAUUCAUGACUGAUUUCGUCGACAUCAUUUCAGCGUUAAACUAGAUCGUUUGAGAGUGAAACGAAUCUGCUUUUGAAGUAUCUACUUUAACGAUUAACGGACCGACUUUAUCGUUUACAGGGAAUUUAUGAGUGUGUACUAUUGAUAAAUAUCUAUUCUUGUCGAAAAUUGUAGAUUAUUGUUUAUAAUAUUUAUUAUUGUUGAUAAAUAUUGAUUUAUUUUGGUAAUCGUAAAUUUAAUUCGAACCUUAGUAAAAAAAAUUGACCAUUUGGUUAAUUGAAAUAUUCUUCACAAUUCUGUUCGUUUUCUUGAACAUAUCUUGUUUAGGAUUCGUUAAAUAUAAAAAUUUCUUAAAAUCUGUAGCUUCCAAACAACGUAAUUUAAAUAUAAUUUAAGGAGCAAAAUUGUAGAGAAUGUUCCAAUAAGCAUAAUGAGCUGUUUUUUUUUUGUUAAGAUUAGAUCAAAAUUACAAGUAGUUUUGACAAAACCUUUUUUUUCCAAAAUGCAUUACUAUUCUAAAUAAACUGUUCUUUAAUUUAAGGACGUUUCAACGCAUAGAGAAUUUAGUCUUUGAGUGAAUAGCAAUUGCCAAAAAUUGUCCCUAAUUAAUCGAUGAUUUACUUAAAAAAAUACAAAGUGCGAUUCUUUCAAAUAAUAUAAUUAUUGGAUAAAAGAAAGGAAUCCAACAGAAUUAAAAACAUGCUCGCUUGUGAUCAUUUCCUGAUAAAUGUGGAUAAAUACAUUGCAAAGUUGUUGAUCCUGCUUUAUACUAAUUCAUAUAUUCAUCGAUAAAAUUCUAUAUUUAUCGACAAUAAUCAGUAUUAUUUGACGAUAAUCGACAUUUAUUCCAAAUAGUUUUUAAUUAAUGUUUGAAACGGAUAUCGGGAAGAUUCAUUUCUAUGGCAUAAUAUUUAAAAAAAGUGUAAACAAACUAGAAACCUUUAAUACAAAUAUCGAUCGUAGUUGUAGAAUGAUGACUUUCGUUGGUUUAAUUACGAAGAAAGCAAGUCAUUUGUAGCAUAAAACGGAUUCAGUGUUUUAAGGAAACGUCUGUCCAAGUACCCUAUGGUCAGGGAUUACAAAAGGAAAUGCAAAAGUAUAUAUUUUCAUACUGCGCCUUCUUUCAUUUGAAUAGAGUAUCUGAGCUUUAUUCUACGCGCUAAAUAAAUUAAAACGAGAGAUACAAUAGUUUAAAAGAAAUAAUAUUAGAAAUUUGUGUUCUUAAAUAUUUUUUAAUGACACAUGCAUGAUUUUAGACCUUUUCUAUGCCUGUGAAGCGGGGCUAAAGAUCUACUUUUUGCUUUUAUCUAUUAUCUAUUAGCUCGCAUUUUACGAUAAUAAACCCGCUCAAAGUAAAAACUAUAAGGAAAUUUUUGUUGCAGAUAAUAGAAUUUUGCGAUAAUUUAUGUUAAAUUGCCAUACUUACCUGUAAAAUUACCAUAAAUGACCGAAAAUUGCCAUAAAUUUCCGCAAUUUAUGGUAAUCUACCUUAUUUACCUGUAAAAUUACCAUAAAUGAUAGGAAAUUCCUAUAAAUGUCCAGAAAUCUAUAGACAUUUUUAAAUUGAAUUUUGGAAUUUAUGGAAAGUUGCCAUAAUUACCCUUAAAAUUACCGUAAAUCGUGCUUCCUUUAUUCGAAAUAUAAUAUAGGUUGAAAUCAUGACUGCAUUUUGAGAAAUCUCUGAAAUCAUCCAUUUUUUAUAGGGGUUAUUCACAAAAUACGUGAUACACUUUUCAGGAAUGUCCGACCCCCCCCCCCUGGUUGAUACUUUUUCCAUUGGGUUUAACAUGAAGAAUGAUACUUUGGCAGAACCCCACCCACCCCUAAAAGUAUCACGUAUUUCGUGAAUGACUCCAUAGAUCUUGGGUAUUGUUAAAAUGUACAUCGGACACUUUCAAAUUUGAAUGGUUUUAAUUCACGUUUCAAUUUUGGAGCUUUUAUUUGUUUUCAGUUGACAAUAUUUUUUACUUUGUUUCAUGUUAUUUAAUUGGAAGAGUGAGUACAUCUCUAAAUUGGUGAAAGAAAUGUUCUAAUUGCUAAACAAAAAACAAAAAAACUUUUUGCCGGCAUGCUCUGCACUUUCUUAUGCUUUGAAACUUCGUGAUUUGCUGCGAGAAUUACUUUUAACUUCAUAACAAAAUCAUAAGGGUUUUCUGCGGAAUUGAAGCAUCUAAGGUUGCUUUAAUUUGAGAUUUUAUUUCCGUUAUUAUAAUUUUUAUUAACUAUUAUAUUUGUUAUCAAUAUUCAGAAAGCAGUUUAGAAAGAACACAAUUUUGUCUCUUUUCUUCUCUUCGUAUUUUUCUCCCUCAAAGUCGAAAGUACAUUUCUUCUUCUUUCGCAGCGUUGGAGGAAUCGAGUAGUUUAUUUUCAGAAAGUGUAGAUUAGUGUACAAAUGUUUCCUCUUUGAGAAACAGUCACUCGCGCAACAGUUCUUUUACGUAUCGUCUGUCUUUUACGAAUUAGAGUAAUCAUUAAGAAUGCUGACAAUAUUGAUCGACCAGCGGCCGCGUGCUUAUAUGACUUAAAAAGAUUUGAAAAUGAUGUCGGAUUUCUUCGAAUCUGGUAGUUGGUUAUUUUUUAACUUGUAAAAUUCUAGAGUAUAUUAGUUAAUGUUUGAACGAAAGGAAUUUUUUUUAUAAUUUCGGAAGCUUUCAAAAUAUCUUAUGAUUUUGAGUUUCCAAAUGUGGAAGUUUCUAAUUUUUGAGAAUUUUAAAAAUGACACUGUUUUUAAAUCCAAGGGUAUUCAUAACGUUGUUUUUGAACUAAAAUAAAAAAUUAAGUACCGCGUUUACUUAUUUUUAUUGAACUGAUCAUUAAUUUUAUUUUUGAGUUCAUUAUACUUAUGGUUGACAACCAGAGGUAAAGAAAUCGAAGUUUCUCAUCAGGUUUUUUUUUAUUUGAAUGAAACAAUUCUGGCAAGCAAUUUGCGAUUCUUAUAUAUAUAUAGGGAUGUGUGUGUGUAGAUAUGUCGCGUACGCGUCUGUAUGUCUGAAGGCUCUUUGUCGUCGCCCGUUAUUAUUACGACUAUCGUUAUUGUUGAUUUUUAAACAAUUUUUCUUAGGAGCGAACAGUGUCUUCGAAGUACUUCCUAGUAAUUAAUUAUUAAGUAGAAAAUGCAAGCUAUGAAGGAAAUGAGAUAUUUGUUGCUUUAGUUAUUGCGAUACUUAAUACGAAUUGUUGGUUUGGAUAAUAGUUUUACAAUUAUUCUGCUAGUAUCUUUUUUCUUUAUUUUGCUGCUUAAUUUUUUAUCAGAAGAUCAAAGAAUUAUACUUUCUCAGAACUGCAAUCUUACUUCCAUUGAUCUGUAAAAAUUAUAAUUAUUUUCUUAACAAAUUAUGAUUAUAAUCUUUUUAAAUAAUUUAAGUCUGGGCAAAAAUAUUCUUGCAGAAUUUAUUUUAUGCAAGCAAUGUGCUUCCUACCGAUGCUUCAAUUGUUUUCAGAAUUUUGCACAAAAUAAUCUUAAUUCCUUCAUGUUGAAGCUUCGAUCAUUUAAAUGUCAAUGUGAUCAUUUUUAUUGUAUCUCUUCUGAGUGAAAAAUCAAACUCCUUUUUUUCGCUUUUUAUUUAUUACUUUUCAUUCAAAAUCGAAGGAAAAAAUCAACGUAUAUUUUAAAAUAAAAAAGACAAACGCUAAUCAAAAAUCAUAUUUAUAGUGAGAGCUCAGGCGUAUUUGAAUUUUUAUAAGGUACUAAUUAUAUCAAUUGUACGAUGUACGAUUAUCAAUAAGAUCGGAUGAAACACAAAUUAAUUUAAUAAAAGUAUGUUCGAUAAACG